UUCUGUCUUCCAGCUGAACAAGCUUUUGUCAAAAUGACUGAGCGCUACGACUGCCACUACUGCAAGGAGUCCCUGUUUGGGAAGAAGUACGUUCUCAGAGAGGAGAAUCCCUACUGUGUGAAAUGUUAUGAAAGCCUGUAUUCCAAUACCUGCGAGGAGUGCAAAAAGCCCAUUGGGUGCAACACUAGGGAUCUGUCCUAUAAGGACCGCCACUGGCACGAGGACUGCUUCAAAUGCUUCCAGUGCAAGCGCUCCCUGGUGGACAAGCCCUUCUCCACCAAGGACGAGCAGCUCCUUUGCACCGAAUGCUACGCCAAUGAGUACUCAUCCAAGUGCCACCAGUGCAAGAAAACCAUCAUCCCAGGCUCCAGGAAGAUGGAGCACAAGGGAAACAGCUGGCACGAGACGUGCUUCACCUGCCAGAGGUGCCAGCAGCCCAUCGGCACCAAGAGCUUCAUCCCCAAGGACAACAACAACUUCUGCGUGCCCUGCUACGAGAAGCAGUUUGCCAUGCAGUGCGUGCACUGCAAGAAGGUAAGAGACGCCCCCUCCCCGUGCCCCAAGGUGCGCUUCGUUAGACAGUCUGCUUCCUCCUUUUUGCUAAAGCCCAUCACCACCGGCGGGGUGACCUACCGCGACCAGCCCUGGCACAAGGACUGCUUCCUGUGCACCAGCUGCAAGCAGCAGCUGUCGGGCCAGAGGUUCACCUCCAGAGACGACUUCCCCUACUGCCUCAACUGCUUCUGCAACCUGUACGCCAAGAAGUGUGCCUCCUGCACCACCCCCAUCAGCGGUUUGGGAGGAAGCAAGUACAUCUCCUUCGAGGAGCGCCAGUGGCACAACGACUGCUUCAACUGCAAGAAGUGCUCCGUGUCUCUGGUGGGCCGCGGCUUCCUGACCGAGCGCGAUGACAUCCUGUGCCCCGAGUGCGGCAAGGACAUCUAA